UCUAUAUAUGUCCACAACGUUAAUGUUGUAAACGUUCAUUGUACAAUAUACGUCAGAGUUGACCACGUGCGUCAGUAUUUUAUAGUACGUUGUUAAACAGGUCGUGUAGUUAAAAAGACUGGAGGUUAUUUUGCUGCCAUCUGUUGGAGGUUUCAUUUACUUCGUCUAAACCUGUGGAAUAAUUUUAAAAAUGGCUAAUUUGAACAUAACAACAAUUGUUAUAGUGUUGGUGACAAUUUAUAUCGUAAAUGUUAUGAGUCAGUCAACCACAAACAAACAAACAACUGUUCUACCAACAACACAAGUUGUCGCUAAUCAAGAGUCAGUAAAUGAGCCGACUGUAACGGGUACUGAUCCAGCAAAUACACACGUUGAAAAACAGCCACAGAAACGAAGCCAAGUAAAACGCAGGAAAUUUAAACGACGUCUUCGCAAGAAACGCCCUUCAACAAAAAACAAUACAGAAGUUAUUGCACCCGAUCCAGCUUCUGAAGCUGAACAAACUUUACAAACAUUAGUGAUCGAACCUAAAGAAGCACCGGUUGUCAAAACUGUAAUGGCUGCACAAGUAAAGGUAGCUGCCAAGAAUAAACCAUUGAAAAUCGCACAAAAACAGCCCAGAGUUCAGCCAGAUAAUAGAGCUAAUGCAGUGGUAGCUAAACCGGAGAAAAAUUCAGCCGGUUUUGGACAAGAAAUGUUUUUUGACAUGUUUUCUGAUAAUGAUACAACAACCAUUCAGCCUGAGGCCGCUGGUCCCCCGCCAAAUUUUAAUGUCAAUAAAGUUCCGCCAACAAAAGUUGUACCAACAGUAGAUACGAAAAAUGCAAAGGCAUACGACGGCUCAUUAUGCAGCGACAACUACAAACCACACGACACGUUAAAGACGAAGUAUUUAAUGAAAUCUGCAGACAACAGUUGGGGCGCUUUAGACUGUGCUCCAAAUAUGGGAACUGGCCUCGUUUGGAGACAAGAUCUUUGCUCUUGCGGCGAGGAAUUAGUGGCCGUUGAUCCAAACGAUUGGUGCGGGAGUCUGGGGUACAGUCCACACUUAGGAGAUAAACAUAAAUAUAUUAGGAAAGACCAGGGUGUUAACGUGAACAAGACUUGUCCAGCAACACUAGUCUGGUCACAGGACAAAUGUUUAUGUAUAUAUGAUCCUACAGUAGAAGCAAGGCCCAUAGAAAAUACAGUGACAUUUGUAUGCAAAACAAUUUUAAAGAUGGAAUUUGAAGGGAACUUAAAAGACUCAGCGAUGGGAUAUCAGAUACAAACUGUUGACAUAAAAAGACGCGGAAAAUUGCCUCGAAUCCGCUACCGGAAAGUUCCAGGUUCAACAGAGAAAGCUGCUAUGAUAGUUAGCCAACCUUUAAAGUUUCUUGCUUUUCGUGGCAAUGAUUUUCAAAAACAAAUCACAUAUGCAUUAAGUUUCAAGAUAUCACCCCGACAUAAUAACAGAGAUAAUUUUAUGGUUUUAUUAACGGACGAAUGUAGAGGCAGUGGUGGUGGACAGAAUAAAGCAAGAAAGCCAAGCAUUAGAUUAGCUUUUCAGCCAAAUACAAAAACCUUUAAUUUUCAGUUUAGAACACUGGAUAAGGAAGUAGAUCAGAACAUCAAUAAAACAACAGCAGAUAUGUACGGUUGGUAUAAGGUUGUUGUUUACCUGGAAUAUGAAACAUUAACAAUGGAAGUGAAUGGCCAGAAAGUGUUUGAACAGAAAGAUAUGCUGGGUAAGAUUCCUCAGAAUAAGUGCCCACUGUUUAUCGCCGGUAGAGGGCCUGCCUACGAUAGAACUGAAGAUUUCUAUGGCUAUAUGGACAAUGUACAACUCGUGAAAGAUUGCAAGUUCCACGAAGCCAACAUCAAGUUUCUGUGAUCAAGCUUAAAUUCCUUUAAUACUUUAUUGUAUAAAUGUUAUUUUCACGUCAUAAUAUAUUGAUUUUAAUAACUA